UGACGGCUUGGUUUGUCCCACAGCGCAGGGUAGGACCUGACUCCCGGAGCUGCAGCUGGCAGAGCGGCCAAAGGGGCAGGAAAGGAGGUGCUGGAGCUGGCUGAAAAUUACUGUGAGCACAAAAGGAAAACACCGGUGUUGCGCCGAAACCGCAGGUACCCGACGCGCCGUAGGAGCCGCUUGUUCGCGAGAGGCAGGGGUCUGUGAGAUCGCCGGCCUGAGAAGAUACCGCCGAGUAAACUUCUCCAAAACCUCCCAGCGCGACCCAAGCGUCAUACCUCGUUUGAUUAACAGCAGCCUUGACUGAGUUUUGCGUCCAGCAGGUGGUCCGUACAUGUAAAUGGCUUGCUGUCUGAAGGACGAACUCCUUUGCUCAAUCUGCUUGAGCAUUUACCAAGAUCCUGUCAGCUUUGGGUGCGAGCACUACUUCUGCCGGAAGUGUAUCACUGAGCAUUGGAGCAGGCAGGAACACCACGGCACUCGGGACUGUCCCGAGUGUCGGAGAACCUUCGCAGACCCACUACUGUCCCCAAGCCUCAAGCUGUCCAAUAUCGUGGAACGGUACUCCGCCUUCCCAUUGGAUGCCAUCCUCAGCGCGCAGCGGAGCUCCUACCCGUGCAAAGACCACGAGAAGGUCAAGCUCUUUUGCCUCAGUGACAAGAACCUGGUGUGCUUCUUCUGUGACGAACCUGCCUUGCAUGAGCAGCACCAGGUGACCACCAUAGAUGACGCAUUUGAGGAGAUCCAAAGGGAGAUGAAGGAACAGCUGGCCAGCCUGCAAGACAGCGAGAAGGGCCACACAGAGGCGCUGCAGCUGCUACAGAGACAGCUCACCGAGACCAAGUCGUCAGCUAAGAGCCUGCGAGCAACGGUAGGUGAGGCCUUCGAGCGGCUGCACCGGUUCCUGCGCGAGCGGCAGAAGAGCAUGCUGGAGGAGCUGGAGGCGGACACGGCCCGCACCCUCGCCGACAUCGAGCGCAAGAUCCAACGCUACAGCCAGCAGCUCCGCGAUGUCAAGGAGGGCAUUCAGAUCCUGCAGGAGCGGCUCAGUGAGACGGGCCGGCAUGAGUUCCUGGAGGGUGUGGCAGUCACCUCCGAGAGAAUAAAAGGAAAGAUUCACGAAACCAACUUGACGUACGAAGACUUCCCCACGUCGAAGUACAUGGGACCCCUGCAGUACACAAUAUGGAAGUCCCUGUUCCAGGAUAUCUCACCAGUACCAGCCGCCCUGACUCUGGACCCCGUGACAGCUCACCAGCGCCUCAUCCUGUCAGACGACUGCACCAUCGUGGCGUAUGGGAAUUUGCAUCCGCAGCCACUACAGGACUCGCCUCGCCGCUUCGACGUGGAAGUGUCCGUCCUGGGGGCGGAGGGCUUCGGCUCCGGCGUGCACUACUGGGAGGUGAUGGUGUCCGAGAAGACCCAGUGGAUGAUCGGGGUGGCGAGUGAGAUGGUGAGCCGCAAGGGCAACAUCCAGAUCCAGCCUAGCCGUGGCUUCUACUGCAUCGUUAUGCAUGAUGGCAACCAGUACAGCGCCUGCACCGAGCCCUGGACCCGCCUCAAUGUGAAGAGCAAGCUGGAGAAGGUGGGCGUCUACCUGGACUACCCCAAAGGCCUCUUGGUGUUCUACAAUGCCGACGACAUGUCCUGGCUCUACACUUACAGGGAGAAGUUCCACGCUAAGCUCUACCCCUACUUCAGCCCGGGUCAGAGCCAUGCCAAUGGCAAGAACGUACAGCCCCUACGGAUCAACACAGUUCGCCUCUAGAAUCCGUGAAACUGGGGGUCCAGGCAGGAUGGGUCAUCAGGGAAAUCACAGUGCGCAGGGUUAAGCUCAACCUAAGGGCACUUGUGGCUCUGGUGCCUGGAAAAAUGCCCCCGUUCAGACACGGAGCUUCAUAUUUAAAGAAAUGGCGACGCUUAAAUGAAACAUUUAUAAAGUAUGUUUGAUCAGUUCUGUCUGGUUUGUGUUUCUGCAGAGAAACUUGCUGUGCAAUGCGUGACCAUUCCAAGUACACCUUGAUCAAAUCAGUGAAAUUGUGUGAUUGUCGAAAGUCAGUCUUACUUAAAAUCUUAAUGUAACGGGAGGCGUAAGAGGACAUAGAUCGCUUGGGAUUGGGGGCUGGAUUCUGGGAUUCCCGCUACCCCCAGAUGGGCCUCUUACUCCCUCACUUUCACCAUCUGCCAGGGGGGAGCACUGACACCCUUAUCUCGACUGCCAGAUGCUUCACACCUUAUUCUCUGUGAUAAUUUACCCCCCCCCCCCCCCCCCCGGCUGUGUUCACGGCGGUGCCAGAGUGUCAACACGGUAUCUGUAGUGCUUCUAAAAGCCGACUGUGAUAAGCCCCUUCCCAUUCCCGUCUGCUGCUGUAACUUCAGGACCGGAAAUGAACAACAAAGCUUUCCAUCUGUCCUGUCACCAUCCUCUUACAAAACGGGUGUGAUUCUCCUACAGGUUCUGGUUGUCCUCUGUCCCGAUCAGCUGCCUUUGAUCAAAACCCCGAUCGGUUGCUUCCAUAAUCCGUAGGCAUGUAAUUCAUGUUCACCUGACCUGUGGUCAGUGUCGAUCAUUUGACUUAUCUUUACUGAGUACCUGUUCAAAUAGGGCAGGGUGGUAAUGAAGUGAUUGGCACUGUUGGCUCACACAUCUGGGACCCGGGUUCAACUCUCCGUCAUGGCUCCGUGUGUGGAGUUCUCCACCCCAUGUUGUCAUGGGGUUUCCAAUAGGUACUCUGGAUUCCCCCCGAAAGUGCAAUAACAUGCAGAGGUUAAUUGGAGUUCCCAAAUUGCCCGAAGGUGUGCAUGUGUGGUUGACUGGCGUGUGUGUGUGCCCUGUGAUGGAUUGGCACCCCAUCCUGGGUUGUUCCCUGCCUUGCGCCCUUAGUCUCUGGGUUAGGCUCUGGAUCCCCCCACACUCCUGAGUAGGACAAGCAGUUACAGAAAAUGGAUAGAUGGGGGGAAAUAUAUCAAUGUAGCAUAGUGGGUUUUUUUUUUUAACACCUAAGUUGGGUUUCUGCCUAUUGAGGAUACAUACCCUGUAACGCACGCUGUCCGUACCAUCCGCCAGAUUCGCUUUGGCUGACGUAGUCUGAUGCGAUCGCAGAAGCUUGUUCGUGCCCGAGAUGCAUUAUAAACAAACGUGGAGGGCCUCCAAGUGUUUUCCGAGUGAAAAGAGCUCAGCGUUGAGCUUCAGUAGCUACAGGAACAAUUAUGUAAUGGCAUUUGUGGAGAUUACACCACGGAUGAAUUUGGGGGAAAAUAUUGCAAAAAAAAUGUACAGUUAGGCAGUCUAUCCCUAUGCGUCUUCCCUAAGUGCAUUGAGUCUAUUGCUCUCCAAAUAAUAUUGCCAACCAAAGAAGCGUAGACAUUUCAAUUAUUUCUCAGAAUUUUUCCCCACACAUUAUCAAUAGUCUAAGGAUCUGUUUCUAUGUCCAUUUUACGAUGUCUAGUGCUCUUCUAAUCGUUCCUAGGACCUAGACCUUAAGAAGGAUGGUCCAGGUCCGCAAGAUUCUUUCCUUUUUGAGUUUCCAUGUUUUAUUAUUCCUAAGUAAUGAUUAUUCAGAGAAGCCAUGGUAGAGACAUGGCAUUUCUGGGCCGAGAAAAUGUGGGUCUCAGAGGAGGUGCUAAGAAAUUUGCCGGGGUUCCUGAGGUAACUCGAAUCAUCUCCGACUCGAAGCAGCAGGCCCCAGAAGACCUGGUUCGUCUGACCAAGGUUCUGAGCUGAGCAUGAGUGGUCAUGGCUUACUCAAAAGAUGGCCAAAUGGGUAAACCCCGUUUCAUUUCCAGGUCUUGUUGUUUUCAUUAUUAUUAGUAUGAUGAUGAUUUUCUGAGAGUUCAGUUUUGUUGGUGUGAAGGUCAGGAUGCUGCCCUGGUCCGGUGGAUGUCGUGUUCCUACAUCGCCUGAUGUGCUUCUCCCUCAAUCACUUUGAAGCAAAGCUGCUAAUCAGUCAUUUAGCCCUGGAAUGGUGGAGGGUGGGGAUGUGGUUACUCGAGGGCAACCUCCAUGGACAUUUUUCGUUCUUUAAACAUACUUUGAUGUGCUAUUGCAGCUAAAGGUCAAUGAGGUUUGUGUCAAUGUACAAUAAAGAAUGGUGAAAAUCCA